AUGUCAACACCGGUAUACGAACAAACACCAGGCGCUUGGGACUCUGCAAGCACUGCAUAUGGUAAUAUGAUGAGAAAGACCAGCUUCACUAGAAUGUAUGCUUUAGAUUGUCUUGAUAAGACUAUACCUGUUGGUUCUGUCAAGUCUGAUCUCCUCAUUCUGGAUGUCGCCGCAGGAACAGGAGCACUCUCUAUCCCUGCUGCUGAGCGUGUAAAGAAUCACAAUGGUCGUGUCAUUGCCACUGAUUUUGCACCAGAGAUGAUCAAUUUUCUCAACCAGGAGGUCAAAGCCAACGCAACACCGAUCCCAAUCGAGACUAAAGUAAUGGAUGGUCAGAAUCUCGAAUUUCCAGACAACACAUUCGAUUUUACCUACUCUGUGUUUGGCUUGAUCUUCUUCCCAGACCAACUAAGAGGAUUCCGUGAGAUGCUCAGAGUUUUGAAGCCUGGUGGCAAGGCAACGAUCACCUCGUGGUCAGAGAACUCACCGAUGGGUAUCAUCGUAAGGGAAACUAUCGCCAAACUCUACAAAGACCGCCCAGAUUUAACACCACCAACACCUCCACAAACCGUUAUCUCGCUCUCUGACCCAGUAAGAUUCGAAUCGUACUUUAAGGAAUGCGGAUUCAAAAACGUUACCAUCACCCCAGUCAAUCAUACGAUGACCUCUACCAUUCCAGAGAACAUUACUUUUUCACUUGGAAAUCCAAUCAUUGAAAAUAUCAGAAUGAGACUCCCAGACGAUCUAAGAGAGAAAUUCAACACCGUAUACGCAGAGGUUUUGGCUGAAAAGUACCCCUCAGGUGAAGUUGUAAUUGACGCAACUGCUUUUGUAGGUGUGGGUGAAAAAUAA